CUGAAUUAUCUGUCUCCAGCCUGGGCAGAGCAGCAGAGUAUUACCGCUGCCUGACACUAGAGGCUGGAGCCUUGUGUUGUUUUGGUUAGCGGGACGUUAGCCCAUGCUUCUUUCGGUUGUAGCCGGUUGUAGCGGCGAUGGCUCUCCCAUAAAGCAAAAGGGAGAGGGGAGAGAGCGGGGGGGCUGUGUGUGUUUCUGACUUAAAGACGCACGGAGCUGAAGAGCCGUGGUGGCCAUGGCUGGUGUUUUCGACAUCGAUCUGGAUCAACCGGAUGAGAAAGUCUCUGACGACGAACUCGAGGACGGGGGUCAGCUCAGUGAAUACAUGGACCAAUGCAGUGGCUUUGAAUUUAACAUGGAUGACUGUGAGAAGUUUGAAAUUUCAGAGAACAGCGUGAACAAGGGAACAGAGCAGAUCAGGCCUGAAUGCUUUGAGCUGCUGAAAGUUUUGGGGAAAGGUGGCUAUGGAAAGGUGUUUCAAGUUCGGAAGGUAUCGGGUGCCACCUCUGGGAAGAUAUUUGCUAUGAAAGUUCUGAAGAAGGCCAUGAUUGUGCGUAAUGCGAAGGACACUGCGCACACCAAAGCCGAGAGGAACAUUCUGGAGGAGGUGAAGCACCCUUUCAUUGUGGACCUCAUCUAUGCCUUCCAGACGGGCGGAAAGUUGUACCUUAUCCUGGAGUAUCUGAGCGGUGGGGAGCUGUUUAUGCAACUGGAAAGAGAGGGCAUCUUCAUGGAAGACACAGCAUGUUUCUACCUGGCUGAGAUCUCGAUGGCGCUGGGCCACCUGCACCAGAAAGGCAUCAUCUACAGAGACCUGAAGCCCGAGAACAUCAUGCUCAACAACAACGGACACGUGAAGCUGACAGACUUUGGUCUAUGCAAAGAGUCCAUCCAUGACGGAACGGUCACCCACACCUUCUGCGGCACUAUCGAAUACAUGGCUCCAGAGAUCCUAAUGAGGAGCGGACAUAACCGGGCAGUGGACUGGUGGAGUUUGGGAGCUCUCAUGUACGACAUGCUGACGGGAGCGCCUCCAUUCACCGGUGAAAACCGAAAGAAGACAAUUGACAAAAUCCUGAAAUGUAAACUCAGCCUUCCACCUUACCUCACACAAGAAGCCAGGGACCUCCUAAAAAAGCUGCUGAAACGAAAUGCCUCAUUGCGACUCGGGGCUGGACCAGGAGAUGCUGCUGAGGUCCAGAGCCACGCAUUUUUCCGGCAUAUAAAUUGGGAUGACCUCCUCGCUCGCAAAGUAGAGCCUCCGUUUAAACCUUUCCUGCAAUCAGCUGAUGACGUCAGCCAGUUUGACUCCAAGUUCACCAGCCAGACUCCAGUGGACAGCCCAGACGACUCCACUCUCAGCGAAAGUGCCAAUCAAGUCUUCCUGGGUUUCACAUAUGUAGCCCCAUCUGUGCUUGAAAACGUCAAAGAGAAGUUCUCUUUCGAGCCAAAGGUCCGCUCUCCGCGGAAGUUCCCAGGAAGCCCAAGAACACCUGUGAGUCCAGUGAAGUUCGUAGGAGGGGACUGCUGGCCCCGAGGACCAACGCUGACCGGCUGUCCAUCCCUCUUGGCCCCUGGCAGCUCCUCGGAGCAACCGAUGGAGGUGUCGACGGCGGAGCAAAUGGACACGAGCGGCAGCGGCAACUCCGAGGCUUCUGCGCCGCUUCCCAUCAGGCACCCUUCAGGCAUCAACGUAGGGCCCUACAAAAAGCAGGCCUACCCCAUGAACUCCAAGCGGCCUGAACAUCUACGAAUGAACCUAUGAUGCUCGCCCCGCCCUACGAACAUUAGGACUCUUCUAAUUCCUCCUCUUCCCCUUUUUAUUGUUUUCUUUCCAAGAGACUUGUAGAUUAUUAUUUUUUAAAUUGACUGACACUGUCAAUGCUGAUCACCAGCUCUUCCUUCCAGCAGCGCCUUCCCUUCCUCUUAGCCUCCCACAUCCUCCCGACUUAGCCUGGCCUCCUCAGCCUGAUGCAGCAAUUUUAAAUACGGUUAGACAUGUGGUCAGUCGGAGGAGUGAUCGAGAGAGGCGCUCUUCAAAUGAAAGUUGACUUCCUCGUUGGCGGGGGUGAUGCCAGCUGUUGAGUGGGCUGAGGUGGUUUCGGUGUACUCAACAUGGCAUUACCGUAAGAUUUACUGGUGCUCUUUUAUCCUGUUUUAUUUAUAAGUCUGGACAAUGUUACUUUUAGUGUUUACGGCUAGUUGCCUCCAUCGUGGUGGGAGAAUUCGGUUGCAGAGGGGGUGGUUAUUUCUCCCUCCAGGCUUUUUCUUUUGAUUUAACGACCAUCUUGUGAUGUGUGAAGAAACAUGCAGGUUACACUGUCAGUAGGUAGUUCCACAGUGAACACAGUAUUCCUUUUUUUAAUGUUACGUUAGGGGAAAACAAUCACAUUGCCUUUUGUCACUGGAGCGAGCGGUUCCGGGGGAGGUAGAGGCGGGGAGAAGCAACGACUUACGGAAAAAGCAGCUAUAAAAAGACAAGAAGUGAAAUCUCAGCUGAAAGCAUCACUUCCACCAAAAUCAAUACCAAAUGCUGCCCGCUGCUAUACGUGUCCUGGGAUGCUUUCUGUACGAGGUCUGUCCAGAAGCACCGUCCGGUUUCUUUGUGUUGAAUGUAAACAGACUCGAAAUGCCUUUUUUUUAUUUUUUUUAUGUGCCACUUCAGUCUCCCGUGCUUCGCUCUAACAACCCGCAGCAUUACUUUUACUCAUCCAUUCACGUAGCCCGUGGUUGAGACCAAUCCAACAAACGUUGACCGAAUAUGCUCACCCAAAUUGAUGUAUCUUAGCUUUUUUUUUUGUGCAUUUACAGUAACAGGGCUAAAAUCCCAGAUUUAUACGAGUGGACCAUUUACUAACUUCUGUCUGAGCUGAGAUGAGAUGUGUGAUCUGUUUGUGUGAUGUGACGCUGCUAUAUGAGCCUCUGGAGUGAAGCCAUUCGAAAACUACUCACCCUAAAAACUGACGAUGCUAAUUUGAAAAAUCGAGUUUUUUGCUCAAGUCUGAAUGGCUCCCUGACGUUUUUUGUUUUUUUUUCUCGUUUAUCCAAAUGCUUAGUGCUUAAUGAACUGACCAAAAGUACUGUUUGAACGAACCAAAUGCUUUUAAACGCUGGUAAACGAACAAACCCUGGACAAUGACCAUAGAAGUGUGUCGCUGUUUUUUUUGUUUUUCAAACACGUCAUAUUUGUUCAUACUGACUUCGUUUCUCACGUCGGAGCUCGCGGAGCCGUUUUUAAAUGUGUUGAACCUGUACGUUACUUUGAGAAUGUUUAACUUAGAUGAAGAUGGAGUUUAAUAUAUGGAUCAGUGCCGAGCUUCUUUGACCAUUCUGAUACGACUGCGUUCAAGACCAGUCACUCCGCUUUUUUUACUUCACUUUAUUUGAUAUUUAUUUUAAGUGCCAUUGUGUUUCCACUGCAUUGUUCACACUAUGCAAACUAUGUAUUUAUUAUGUAGUAUUAUUAAGACGAGGCAGCAGAAUGUGUGAUGAUUUGAUUUGGGAUUCUUGUCAGAGACUUAUUUUGUCUUAAUAAUAAUAAUGAUAACGAGCAUGUACAGUAUGAUUUUUAUCUCCACAGAUCAUGUCUUACAGCAACCUCAGAUGCAGCUUUUGUUUUUGAUUCCGGUGACCUAACCUUACAGUAUUUACGUGGCAUAGAAUAUUCACAAAACAUUUUGAUAUCUUUAAGACUUUCCUUGGUGAAAACUUGAACUUCAGUUUGUCUUUUUUGCAGUGCUUGAGAAGAAACUCGUGCAAAAACUCGUGGGGAUGGCAUAAAUUGUGCCUUUGCUGACAGAGUACAUUGUAAACGUUUGUAGGAAAAAGGUUGGGAAUGAUUCAUAAGGUUUCACUUCCUGUUAAAUCUCUCAAGGAUGUCCAUUUAUUUUGCUUUACCACUUCAUCGAUGCGAUCUGAGUGGGAUUAUGUUUCGACUGUUAACGUCUAAGAGGGGUUCUGACAUUUGAAAUGAGAAAUUCAGCUUCUUCCACAUGAAGAUGUCAAUCUUAAAAUCGAGCUUACUUCAGGUGUGCAACACCGUCUUUGGGUAGAAGGGGUGUUUAAGUCACUGAUGGGCAUUGAAUUAACAUUAUUUCUGUUGUUUCGUCACCGAGGUCUGCCCCUUCAGAUGGGGAAUGUUAAUAUGUAUCAUGUACAUAAUGAAGUCAAAAUAAAAAAAUAAAAAA